AUGCGAUGCGGCCCGACCCUACAAUGUACUCGACUGACCGCCGCCAACAGUAGCGCCAGGUGUAUUGGGACGAUGCACUCAUGUUCCUGCUUUCAAAAUACUGACAUUCCCUCACUCGCCUCUUUUGCUCCAAUCGCACACGCACAGGUCGAGCAAGCUCAGGCCACCUCGUCCAAGAUCGAGGCCGAGCUCAAGGACCUCAAGGCUACUCUGAAGAACAUCGAGGACGCUCGUCCCUUUGACCAGCUUACCGUCGAUGACGUCGUCGCCGCUCGUCCCGAGAUUGGCCGCACCGUCGACGAGAUGGUCAAGAAGGGCAAGUGGACCACGCCAGGUUACGACGAGAAGUUCGGAAAAAUCUGUGUCCGGGGGUCUCGCUGUUCGGAUCGGACCCUUGCGGAAACGAGUGUGUCAAGUAACGCCGUCCAGCAGAUCGAGUCGAGGACGUCGGGAGCGCAAUCUGUCGUGCGGCAGACCGAAGCUCUUCUGACCGAACUCGUGUCGAAAAUCUGUAUUGGACCGACUUGUAUUGACCUUACUUCGGCCGUUGUUUUGCUCGAGUCACGUGCAAAUUCGAACACUGGUCCAGAGCCGAACGUCGUGUUCCCGCUGGAUUCUGUCUUGAGCCUGAUUUCAAUUUCGCAGAAAUGGGGCGCGCUCAAGACUGAUCUCAAGGACGAAGCAGGGCUACUGACUGGCCAACAAAUGCGCGGUUGCAACACGGCAGUCCAGAGGCUCGCUCGCAGGCUGGACAGACUGUGCGUGAGGGAAAAGAACAGGCAGCACAUCGCUUUCUCACGGCCCGCAUUUGAUCAAGUCUGA